UGCGUGUGAGCGUCGGCAUUGUGGUGGUGCGGAGUUCAAUGUACGCCAGUGAUUUUUGGUAGUUUCGUCGGUUGUUGAACUCUCGAAAUUUGUAAAAGUAGGUAGAAAGACGCGCCUGGCCGCCAGAAGAUGAUCUACAUCAACCGCGUCUUGUUAAGCGACUUUUCACGCCCGAGAUUAAGCGCAUGCUUAAAGAUUGGCUUGUGCGCCGGCGCGAAAACCCUUAUCCCAGUCGUGAUGAAAAGAAGCGCUUAGCUGUUGAGACCGGUCUUACAUACACACAAAUCUGCAAUUGGUUUGCCAACUGGCGACGAAAAUUAAAAAACUCAGAGCUGGAGCGCGAUAAAAGAUCUUGGGGUCAUCUUAUUAAGCAUUAUAAUACAAACGCACGUGGGAAUGUGGAGCAAUUUAGUAUAUCUUCGGAAGAUAGCAUUUGGGAAGAAGAUGAACUGGAGCGCGACGAAGACAUGGGUAAGCACAGUGAUGACGACGAAUAUGAAUCACGUGAAGGUGGCAUUUCUAGCGGCACCGAAGGUGCAACCAGCUCAACAGGCGGUUGUAGCUAUGAUAGUUUUGUCCAGAGAAACGCCAAAAUGAGCUGUUUUAUGAAAAAUCAAACAUGCGAUAAACGCAAUGUAAGAACAGCGGUUAUUGAGAGCGCAAAUAAAUCGCCAGGCAACUCUGUAUUUUAUGGUGGCUCAAUAACAACACAAGAACAACAGCCACAAAUUAUUGAAAAGCCAAACCCAACCACUCACACAGCAAAGUACAAACAGAAAAUGAUGGAAAAGUAUCUGCGCGAUACGCAUGGCACACAUUCAAAUUCAAUGGCACCACAAUGCGAUGCACACACUGUCAAUGAUGGAUUUAACAACAAGCAGUUUGAUGUCGAAGCAGCUAUUCAUAGUGGCGAUGAAGGAGAUGGUGUUCGUAAUGGCGAUAAUGCAGCGCUGUCCAAAUGGUUGCAGAGUGCUGCACGCUUUACGCCUGAUAAAAACAACUACUUUAUCGAGUGGAAUGGCAAAACCGGCAAAAUGGAACAGAAACAACGCAUAAAACAAUUACGGCGCAUCACCAUUGUACCAGCCAACUCCGGUGGCGUCACGCGACGUCAAUCCAUAAAUACCUGCCCUACACAACUAGAAUUAGACGCCGCAGAAGCAUUGGCAAAUAUGGCAUUUAAUUGCCGACAACGGAGAAGGGAUGGCAAUCAUAACGGUGUGCGUCUACAGACUGUCAAUGCAAUUAGUUCCUAGCAAUUGUUGCAUAUAAAUUAAUAAACAUGAACAUUCACAGCAUUCCAGUGUAAAUUAUGGGUGCAAAAGACUAAGCGAAUAUUCCUGACAUCAACAAUAAUGAGUUAAAAAGACAAAAAAAUGAGUGAAAUGAG